CCGAUCUUUGCCCUGAACUUCAGGAAACUCUACGGGCUGGACCCGCUCCAAAGCAGCAAGUCCACCAGUAUCCCACCAUCCUCUGCAGCAAGGAGUCCUCUCUUGUAGUCUCGCUUUAUGGUCCUUUUCCCCUCCUCCUAAACCUGAAACCGCGAAUCCCCAAAUCCUCCCACAGUCAAGAUGGCGGCAGCGGCCAAGGGCUCCGUUGGGCACCUUCUCUGGAGAUCACCCAAGUGGUUUUGUAGCUCCUGUCGCGCUCGCUCUACCGCCUCCCCGUCAGCCGCGCUGGUGCGUCAGACUUUCCUCCAGUUCUUCCAGGAGAAAUACGGGCACCAGGUGGUACCCUCGGCCCCUGUGAGGCCGCGCGGGGACCCUGGGCUGCUUUUCGUCAAUGCGGGCAUGAACCAGUUCAAACCCAUUUUCCUGGGCACAGCAGAUCCCCAGAGUGAGCUGACACGUUACAAGCGGGUGGUGAACAGCCAAAAGUGUGUGCGUGCAGGUGGAAAGCACAAUGAUUUGGAAGAUGUGGGCCGGGACGUUUAUCAUCACACAUUUUUUGAAAUGCUGGGAAACUGGUCCUUCGGAGAUUAUUUUAAAGAGGAAGCAUGUAGCAUGGCAUGGGAACUCCUAACACAGGUCUAUGAGAUCCCAAAGGACCAUCUCUAUGUCACCUAUUUUGGAGGGGAUGCCUUGCUUGGUCUAAAUGCAGAUGAAGAAUGCAGAGAAAUAUGGCUUAGCUUAGGAGUGCCUCCCAACCACGUGCUUCCUUUUCCCCUGAAAGACAACUUCUGGGAGAUGGGCGAUACUGGUCCCUGUGGCCCCUGCACGGAGAUCCAUUAUGAUCAUGUGGGCAGCAGUAGAAAUGCAGCAGCGCUGGUGAACCAGGGCAGUCCUGAUGUGGUGGAGAUCUGGAACCUGGUUUUCAUGCAGUACAAUAGAGAGAUUGAUGGGCGUCUGCAUCUGUUGCCCCAGCAUCAUGUGGACACGGGAAUGGGCUUGGAACGGUUGAUGACAGUUUUGCAGAAGAAACGCUCCAAUUACGACACGGACCUCUUCAUCCCUAUUUUGGAUGCCAUCCACAAGGGCUGUGGCGCGCCCAGCUACCAGGGCUUGGUUGGGGAGGCUGAUGCUGGGGGCGUGGACGCAGCCUACAGAGUGGUGGCAGAUCACGUGCGCACCUUGGCCGUGUGCCUUGCUGAUGGUGUUUACCCAGGCAUGUCUGGGGCCGAGCUUGUUCUACGUCAUAUCUUACGUAGGGCUGUGCGAUUUUGCUCUGAAGUUCUCCAUGCUCCACCAGGGUUCCUGGCCAGCUUGGUUCCUGUUGUGGUACACAUUCUGGGUGAUGCCUACCCAGAGCUUAGGAGGGAUACAGAUAAGAUUAUGAAUAUCAUCAAUGAGAAUGAGGAUGCAUUUCUGGCCGCUCUCCUGCGAGGGCAGCGUGUUAUAAACAGAACACUCCAGCAAGUGGAUCAUUCUAAAGUCUUCCCAGUGGAGAUCGCUUGGUCGCUCUAUAUCAACUUGGGAUUCCCCCUGGAUCUCAUUGGCUUGAGGGUUGAAGAAAAGGGGGUGCAUUUGGAUACUGCAGCUUUGGCCAAGUUGGCUCAGGAAGAUGCUAAACGGAAAAUUCAGACACAGCAAGAAGGGAGCUCAAGGAUGCAGCUGGAUGUGCAUUCAUUGGCCACGUUACGGCGAGAUGGUGUGCCCACUACUGAUGACUCUCCCAAGUUUGACUAUCACCUUGGACAGGAUGGGAGAUAUGUGUUUAAGCCGUGUCAAGCCACUGCCCUUAGGCUGUACAAAGAUGGAUCUCUUCAGAAAGAAAUUGGUGGAGGGCAACACUGUGGUGUUCUCCUGGACAGGACCUGCUUCUAUGCUGAGCAGGGUGGCCAGGCAUCUGAUCAAGGCUACAUGAUGCUUGUGGGGCAGCCGGAUGUACUUUUCCCAGUGGAGUCAGUACAAGUUUCGGGUGGCUAUGUAAUCCAUGAAGUGAUUGCUUCUGAGACCCUGAAGGCUGGGGAUCAAAUACAGCUCUUUGUGGAUGAGGCCCAGCGGCUGGCCUGCAUGGUGAAUCACACUGCCACCCAUCUGCUGAACUUUGCACUCCGCCAGGUCUUGGGAGACGGCACGCAACAGCAGGGAUCCCACGUGACUGCUGAAUAUCUGAGAUUUGACGUCCGCACCGAGAGUCCUGUACAGACCCAGCAUUUGCGAGACAUAGAAGACGUGAUGCAGGAAGUGAUCAAGCGGAAUGAGUUCGUCUACACCGCAGAAGUCCCCGUUAAGUUGACAAGUGGUGUGCAAGGGCUCCGGAAACUGGAUGAAGUGUACCCAGAUGUGGUGCGAGUGGUGUCUGUGGGGAUUCCGGUGGAGAAGGUCUUGGCUCAGGAAUCUAAGGAUGCCCUGCGUACCUCUGUGGAGCUCUGCUGUGGAACGCACCUACUGCAAACAGGGGCUGUGCAAGACUUCACUAUCAUCUCGGAGCAGCAGCUGACCAGAGAGAUCAGCCAGAUCAUUGCAGUGACCAGAGAACAAGCCACACAGGCCCGGGAAGCUGGCCUGUCUGUGGCUAAAGAUGUGAACCACCUCUCUGUUCGAGUUAAACGGGGAGGGGCCUCUCUUAAUGAGGCACAGGGAAUCACCAAGGAAGCUGGCCACCUAACGGAGAUAGUGGACCGUACCAGCAUGCCUCAGUGGCAGAAAAGGGAACUGCAGGCCACUCUCAAAACUCUGCAGCGAACGGCCAAUACUGCUGUUAGAAAACUAGAAACCAAGCUGGCUGCAGAAAAGGCACAUGGCCUGCUGGCAAAGCAUUCCAACCAGCCAGUCAUCAUUGAUGCCAUCCCUGUUGAAUCUCCCUCGAUCCUGAUGAAAGUGGUCAACCAGCUGUGUGAUCAAGUGCCAGGGGCUUCAGUGAUGUUGCUAAGCCCACAAGCAUCCGGCCAGGUGUUCUGCGCUUGCCAGGUAUCCAAGAGUUCCUUGCCGACGUUUUCUGCUGCUGACUGGGCCUUGGCUGUCUGCACUCAAAUGGGAGGCAAGGCAGGUGGUUCUGGGAUUGUAGCCAGGGGAAUGGGGAGCACCAGUGACUUGCAAGGAGUCCUGAUUGCCGCUCUAGAAUAUACGAAGAAUAAACUCUGAUGCCUGAUGUCACCGUAUGUCAUAUCAAAGCUGGGCAAGGACCCUGAGGCAGGACAGUACUGGACUGACGCACCCCUAUCAGAUCUGCACACUUUGGCUCAGCAGUGCCUGUUGCUGGUUCCUGCCUUUGGUACGAUGGAUUUACCUUGGAUUGCAUUUUCUCCUGGAAUAUUUAGGUGGCAGUAUGGCCACCUAUACUGACCCAUGCGUACAGAGACCCCCUUGAAAUGUGAUCUGUGCAUUUGAAGAUUAUGUUGUGGGACAGUGGCGUAGGCAGGCCAGUGGCCCCUUAACCACACCCCCUGCAUCUGAUGUCAGAGGCGGUGGGCGUGGUUUUGCUCACAAACGGGGCUGUGCCCCCCCCGCCCCCGCCCCCCCCAUUUGCAAACAAAAUCCGGCCAACACAGCAUGGCCGGGAGCAGCUCUCCCUACCUUUUCAAAAGGCCAGAUUUUAAAAGGUGUGCGGCCCCAUUUGCAAGAAAAACCAUGCCCCCUGCAUCUGACGUCAGAGUCAGGGUGUGGCUGGGGUGCAAGGCAUGGCCCCUGAGUGCAGUGGCCUGGCUUCUUUGAACCCAUUCAUGCCCUGGUGGCCCUGUCCCGGUUGUGGGAAGAGCAAUUCUGGGCUUUUGCCCUUCACCUGGAAGAGUAAAGCUGUGGAUCCUGGCAUAAUGAGUCUGCCACCUGCUGCAGGUGAGAGAGAAUGAACUUUGCAGUACUACCAUGCUGGUAAUAAAGAACAGAAGAGAGGUGUG